AUGGUUGAGAAAGGCGAAGAACCCUGGAUCAGCGGCUUCAAGGCUCUCCAAGCAGAUUCGUACUCAUCCACCGACUACGUGAUGCAAGGCCCUAAAGCCGUCAUUUCGCGAGGAAGCCCGAGUAAUUAUAGCACCUUCACGGCCGACACCCGAGCUGCGUACCAGCACGCCAUUCUUUGGUACAUCACCCGCGAGGAUGGCCACUGGAAGAAGUCUACUGAGAUCCUAGAUGCCUGGGGAACAAAUCUGACCAACAUCAUUGGCUUCGACACAAGCCUCCUGGUCGGGCUUGAAGGUGACGUCUUUGUAAAUGCCGCUGAGAUUAUGCGCUGGGAGGGCAACUGGACAGAAGCUGGAGCUGCCUGGCAGGGUGGCACAGGAUUUUCCAAUCAGUUAUAUUGGCUUUUUGCUCGUCAGUCCAUCAUCAUUGGGCACGCCAACUACGGCAUGGCCUCGAUCAAAGCCCUUCUUAGCUUCUCCAUCUACCUCGAAGACGUCAACAUGUUCAACUAUGCUCUGAAUGCAUUCCUGAACGACCUUUGUGCCGGGCUUCCCGGAAACUUUGACAGAAGGACGGGUCAGUCCUCAGAAGCAGGUCGGGAUCAAUCUCACGCGCAGUCGGGCCUGGGAUGGGCCGCUCUAGCAGCAGAGACCCUCGAAACCCAGGGGAUCAACGUAUGGGAUGAGAUGGGGGGUGUUUUCCUCAAGGCAUCGGAGCAUCUCGCCAAGUACAACCUCAAUGAGACUGUCGAGUAUGACCCCAAAUUCUCCAGGUGCCUAGCUGUUUUGGUGGAUGGACCAUGGGAUACCAUUUCGGAGCACAACAGAGGCAUCACGGGUCGUUCGCCCGGCGUCUGGGACUUGAUCUAUUACAAGUUUGUCGUCGAAAAAGGCAAGAAGGGCCCCUGGACGGUCAAGGCAAAGGAGCAAUAUGACUCGCAGGGUGGUCAAAAUUCCGGUGGAUAUACCGUUAUGGGAUGGGGGGAUUUGAUCUGGGCGAAGAAGAGGGGAAAGAGAAGGAGUAUUUGGGGACGUGGAUUUUAG